GCUGGCUGCUGGCAGUGAGCCACUCUGCGCACAGCCUACUAAUUACUAUAGCUUAGCGCCCCGCCGCACGAUUCCACGCUGUCUAUAGGUACUGGCAGACUGUGUACAAUAAAGCCAGGCCGCGCACACUGCGAUCGGUCAUUUUCUCCCCGGCGCCAGAAACAAGUCGACGAGCGCGCGAAUAUACGCUCUCCGCGACCGAGCCACGUGUUGCCGUCGCCGUGCCGCUACUUGCUCUGCUCUCAGAAUUUAUAACCAUCAAACUCUUCCAACGAUCUCCUCUAGCGUUUGACGAAAGACAAGUAAUACUACAUAUUCCAUUCGAUCGACUAUAUAUUAAUUUAUUACAUUUGCCAUUGGUGCCCUGAGCCGAGAAGGAAUUGAAGCAAUGGCAGACUACGUGGUGAAUAACGCGAACAACGCUAAGAACGUCGAUGUCGAGGAGGACGGGCUCACUGCCGCCCAGCUAUUCGCUAAUGGCGAUGGACUGACCUACAAUGACUUCAUUAUCCUGCCCGGCUACAUUGACUUCACCGCCGACGAGGUGGAUCUACACUCGCCGCUCACCAAGAAGAUCACGCUCAAGGCUCCGCUCGUAUCCUCGCCCAUGGACACCGUCACCGAGUCCGACAUGGCCAUAGCAAUGGCUCUGUGCGGUGGUAUUGGUAUAAUCCAUCACAAUUGUACACCCGAGUAUCAGGCCAACGAGGUGCACAAGGUCAAAAAAUACAAGCACGGAUUCAUCAGAGACCCUGUAGUACUCUCUCCAGUUCACACUGUUGGAGAUGUGCUCAACGUCAAAGCCACACAUGGAUUCUCUGGAGUUCCAAUUACUGAGAAUGGAAAAUUAGGUGGUAAACUAUUAGGCAUUGUUACAUCAAGGGAUAUUGAUUUUCUUGAAGAUUCAAAGGCGCAACAAAGCACCAAAUUAGAAACUAUUAUGACCAAAUUGUCCAAUUUAGUCACAGCACCAUCUGGUGUUACUCUGCAAGAUGCUAAUGCUAUUUUAGAAAAAUCUAAAAAAGGUAAAUUGCCUAUUAUCAAUGAAAAGGGAGAACUUGUGGCUCUCAUGGCAAGAACUGAUUUGAAGAAAAACCGCAGCUAUCCUAACGCCAGCAAAGAUGAAAAUAAGCAGCUGUUGGUUGGAGCAGCUAUUGGAACACGCCCUGGUGACAGAACUAGACUUCAACAAUUAGCCACUGCUGGCGUGGAUGUUGUUGUCUUGGACUCAUCCCAAGGAAACUCCAAAUAUCAAGUUGAUAUGAUUAAGUUUAUCAAGUCAACAUACCCAGAACUGCAAGUUAUUGCUGGAAAUGUUGUGACUAUAGCACAAGCCAAAAAUCUUAUUGAAGCUGGAGCAGAUGGUUUAAGGGUAGGAAUGGGUUCAGGAUCUAUUUGCAUCACUCAAGAAGUAAUGGCUGUUGGUAGACCACAAGCAACAGCUGUCUACAAAGUUUCAGAGUAUGCAAGAAGGUUUGGAGUUCCCAUCAUUGCUGAUGGAGGAAUCCAAUCAAUUGGUCACAUUACCAAAGGCCUUAGCAUAGGAGCAAGUACGGUGAUGAUGGGAUCCUUAUUGGCCGGAACAUCAGAAGCACCAGGAGAAUAUUUCUUCAGUGAUGGAGUCAGACUAAAGAAAUAUAGAGGUAUGGGCUCAAUUGAAGCCAUGGAUAGAAAGGACGCCAGUGGCUCAGCUAUGGACAGAUACUUCCAUAACGAGAUGGACAAACUAAAGGUUGCACAAGGUGUUAGCGGAUCAAUCGUUGAUAAAGGAACGGUAUUGAAGUUCCUCCCAUAUUUACAAUGCGGUAUUAAGCAUGGUUGCCAAGAUAUUGGAGCCAAGUCUAUCACCGCUUUAAAACAAAUGAUGUACAAUGGAGAGCUGCGUUUUGAAAAAAGGACACACUCUGCUCAACAAGAAGGUAACGUCCAUGGUUUGUUCUCGUACGAAAAAAGGCUAUUUUAAGCAUUGACGAAGAUAUGGGGACAAUUUACAUAAUAAACUAGUACCUGUAUUUCAUAAAAUGCCAGCGACCUCGCUGUCGACUAGAAAAAACUCAGUGAUAUGAAGUUAUACAAAAGAGAUUCAUGUUUUAAACGUUAUUAAUACCGUGAAUCGCCGUGGAGUUAUUCUGAUGCAUAAUUACACGCUUCGUACCUGGUGCAUAUUUUCAUAAUUGUAAAUUUUUUUUUAACUUCAAAGUAAUUAGUAUAUGUACAAUGGGCAUAUGAAAAAAGUCUUGACUCCUCCUUAUGGUAGGUUUUUAUCAUUACUUUGCGACAUAAUCAAGUAACCAGGUUUUUUUCUAACGUGUACUUAUGUGAAAUUUAAUCAAUCAAUCAAUUUUGAGAAAAAUUAACUAUUUUCUGACGAAAUUCUGUAAAAAGUUUUAAAAUGUUCUAUUGUGCUGUAACAAUGUGUUAGCCGAUCAAGUUUUUUUUACAAAUUGAUUUUAACUAAAAUGGAAAUCAGGUAUAUUGUAUAUACAUAAAUACACAUUUUAUUUUUGAAACUUAUACAAAACGAACUUAUUUUACUCUUUUGAGUAAAAUAUAACUUGAAUCAUGGGAACAGUAUAAAAUCUUCAAAUGUUUUAUAUCCUCAUUUUUUGACCAAUUACUUGUUGAUAUAGUUCAUGUUGUGUUAUUAUUUGAUACACAUUUUAAUAUAAGCAAUUCAUGUCGACCGUAUUACUUAGUGUUUAAUAGUUUUUUAUCUCUUGAUCCGAAUGAAACGUCGAUACUUAAGUUAUAAAUGAAUAAAAUGUAUUUACCAUGUAUAUCAAGUCAAUUAAUUUUACAAACUUCUUUUAAUUUAUAAUUCAUUUGAUUUGAUAAAUAAUUAGGUUUUCAAAGCUUUAGUAAGUAAAGCUUUAGAGAAUUUUAUACAGGUAAUAACAAUGUGUCAAAUUAUAUAUGUUUAAAAUAAAUAUAUAUGCAAGUUGGAAUAA